AUGUCUCUGUGUGACUCUGACAGCUGGGGGGGUUUGGGGGGUUGGGGGUUGGGGGGGUGCUCCCUGGUGGGACAGCUGCUGCUUCCCUCUGCCUCCUCGGACAGAGAAGGCCUUGUGCCCCAGCUCCUGCCUGAAUGUCAACAGCCCCUCUGGACCUCUCACACUCCACGCUCUCGGCUGUGGAGGUUUCUCCGCAGUUUCACCUCCUCUGACCACAGCCGCGUCGGUCACUGUCUAAACACCAGCGACAUCACAUCAUCCCAAAUCUUCGAAGGUUUUGGAUGGAGCUAG